AGUGCAUAAAGCCUGAUCACAGUGCUGGUCUGAUGUUACAUUAACUGUCUGCACUUGGACAAUGACACGAAACCUCCUAUUGUGGAUCCUCAUCCUAAAUGCCUCUCUCAAGCCCUCAGAAAGCCACGGUCCUGAAUUUGAAGAGGGGGAGCACUAUGAGGUGGUUCGACCUGUCAGACUUCACACAGUCAGAAAAAGACACACAGAGCACCGCAGACCAGAGACUCUUACAUAUGCAAUGACUGUGAGCGGACAAGACCUAGAAAUGCAACUAGAAAGAAAUAAUGAAUUACUCACCGAAGACUACUCCGAGACUUACUACCAAGAAGACGGGACUCGAGUCACCACAUUACCAAAGGACAUUGAUCACUGCUACUAUCACGGGAGGAUUGUGAACGACAGCAAAUCGUCUGUUAGCAUCAGCACCUGUGAUGGACUGAGGGGUUACUUCAGAACAUCUGCCCAGAGGUACCUGAUUGAGCCGCUGUCCAGUGAUGAUGAGGGGGAUCAUGCAGUGACAACUUUUAAUCCAAAGAACUUCACACCUGCUGUGUGUGGGGUCACUAACACCAGCUGGAGUGACGACUUUGAACCUCCAAUUGGCCGCGGCCGCUCCAGAUCAGCGGGUAUUUCUAUUGUCCAGCAGCAGAAAUACAAUGAGCUCUUCCUUGUUGCUGAUAACCGUGAGUAUGUGAAGAUGAACAGGAACCAAACGAAGCUGAGAGAGAGAAUAUUUGAGAUUGUCAACUUUGUCAAUGUGGUCUACAAACCUCUGAGGACCUUUAUUGCUCUGGUCGGGCUGGAGAUAUGGUCCAAUAAUGACUUGAUCACUGUGACCCCCCCAGCAGGGGCAAACCUGGAUGCUUUCAGGUCGUGGAGGAACUCUGAGCUGGUGAAGAGGACAAAACAUGACAACGCACACCUUAUCAGUGGUAUCGACUUUGAAGGAGCAACUGUGGGUCUUGCUUACAUUGGGACUCUGUGCUCUGCUCACUCUGUCGGGGUAGUACAGGAUCACACUGACCGAGCCAUUGCAGUGGGAGCAACACUGGCACAUGAGAUGGGCCAUAACCUGGGCAUGAACCACGAUGACUCCAGUAGCUGUUUUUGCUCUGGAGAAAGCUGCAUCAUGUCAGCAGGUCUCAGCUGGAAAAUUCCUCAAACUUUCAGCAGCUGCAGCACCAACAACUAUGAAAACUACCAAACAACCCGCACCCCCACCUGCCUGCUGGACAAACCAAACUACAAGGACAUCGUGGCUCCUGCAGUCUGUGGAAACGGCUUCAGAGAGGAAGGAGAGCAGUGUGACUGCGGCUCUGUGCAGGAGUGCACCAAUCUCUGCUGCAAUGCCACCACCUGCACCCUGAAGGAGGGCUCACAGUGUGCUGAAGGCGAGUGCUGUGAGAACUGUAAGAUCUCACCUACCACCAGAGAGUGCCGCAUGAAGCAAGAUGACUGUGAUCUGGCAGAGUACUGUGACGGGAAGAGUCCCACCUGUCCAGAGGAUGUGUUUGCUGUGAACGGGCUCCCGUGUGACGGAGGCCUGGGGUACUGCUACAAUGGCCAGUGUCCACAGAGACCUAAGCAGUGUGUCAAGAUGUAUGGAUCAGGUGCUACAGAGGCCGUUCAAUCCUGCUAUAACCACAACACCAGAGGAAUCUACUAUGGCUUCUGCAGACGUCCCUCAAAGGACCAGUACAUCCCCUGCCAGCAAGAAGAUGUUCUUUGUGGAAAACUCUUCUGCAGCAGCAGUAACGACGACCCAAACUACGGCCGGAUGGUCAAGGUCGGCAAAUGCUUGGCAACUUUUUUCUCUGACUACACCAAAGACUACAGUCUGGUGGAAACAGGGACUAAAUGCGGAGAUGAAAAGGUGUGCAGCCAGAGCCAGUGUGUAGAUCUGCAGACAGCUUACAGAAACACAAACUGCUCAGCAAACUGCCCAGGCCAUGCUGUGUGCAACCACAAAAGUGAGUGUCAGUGCGAGCCUGGAUGGAAGCUUCCUUCCUGUGACUCAGUGGAAAAUGUUAUUAGUGAUACUGGGAAAACUAUAGCCAUCGCAGUCGCAGUUACACUGUUGAUUCUAGGUAUCAUUGCUGCCAUAGCAGGAAUCAUCUGGAAGAAGCAGCAAAGUCCCACACGGCCACCUCCAGCAUUACAGAGGAAGCAGAGGGCUGUGGAAAACCCUGCUUACCACCUCAACAAGCAGCCUGCACCCAGUAACCCUGGGCCGGCUAACAGACUGAAACCUGAAGGACCUCCUCCACCACCCCCAGCAGGGAACAAAUCCAAACCACCCACUGCAAACUACGCAGCUGCACGGCAGGCUCUGAGGCCAGUACCUCCACCAAAGGUUUGAUGUCUGACAAAUGCCGACUCUUAGCAGCUCUUACUGUCCUCAGUAAGAAGCUGCUGUCACCACUUUUCUCUGCACUUUGUUUUGCUGGAGGUUUUCCUAACAGUGACUCAUGGACUGCAAGAGGAGUAAACUGGACUCUGAUUGUUACUGGACUGCCAUCCACUGAGGUCUGCAUCACUUUUUGGCACUUUUUCAGACUACAGGGUUAGAAGUACAAACAGCUCUGCCCCUGAAUGUGACUCACAACAUAUUUUGUCAUAAUGUUACAGUACCAUAGAAUAUGAUUUUGUGCAUGACUGGACAAAACUGUUAAACAGUCUUCAGAAUGUGCAACAUUUUCAUAUUUCAUGUGUUUUUUAAAGUCUUGUAAAGUGCAUUGAUUGACGUUCAUGUAACAAAAAUUGAAUGUAUUGUGGUGUAUUAGAUUGCAGUGUUAAAAAGACUGAAAGACAGCAAUUAUGGCAUCACCUAAAUAUAUACACCCUGUGUUUGAUUUUUGUUACAAGAUAGAAUACCUUUAUUGUCAUUGCACAGUGCAAUGAUGAAAUUUAUAUGUCAAACCAUGUUUUCAUUGACAACGCUGUAAAAGUUUGAGUUGUAUUUAAUUUUUUUUUCUUCAUAUACAUGUGUAACUCCUUUGUUUACAAAAUCACACCUUUGCAUGUGUAAAGAAUGGCCAGCAGCAUAAUGAGGUACUUUUUAUGCCAAGUUAAAGGCAAGACCACUAAGUUUAUAUGCAGGUACCAUAAGCAAGACACAUAUCAAUUAGCCAUACCAUUAAAACCAAUAACUGUGAUGUUUUUAAUGUGAAUGUUUUAUCUUAAUUAUUUUGUUUCAUCAUUAUUUUUAUUGUGGUUGUUUCUCAAUAUUUUUACCAUUUUAUUGUCCUGCUAUUUACUGUGUCUCAUGCACUCAUUUUGUAAAGUGCAUUGGGAUCAUGUUGUACAAAGAUUAAAUAAAAUUGAUUAAGUGAC